UCCCGACCUCAGAUCGCCCGUAAUUUAUUUUUCCUUUCAUUUUUGUUAUAUUCUCUACCUUUUCCAAUGGGUUUCAUCCUACUAUAUUUUUUUUGGUCUCAAAAAUUAUCGGGUCUGGUCUAAUGUGCGUACUGCCCGGGACGGAAAUGGAAUCGUUUGGCUCACUUUUCCCGGACUACAAGAAUUUCCAAGGUUUUAAGGCUAAAUGGCCAUUCAAUGGGAUUCUAACUAAUCGGGCUCCAUCUUAACGCCAGGCCGCUUUCAGUGAAGUCAAAUAAAUUUUAUGAUCUAUUAAGUUGCGUCUUGUCUCAUUCUAUUUUUAUUGCAAAGAAUGUGACACUUUCAGCUUUAAUUAAACUUUUAAGUUAAUUGACGUCUCUGCACAUUGAGUUAGGAUCCGGAAGAGCCAGAACCUUACUCAACUAAAAUAAAAACGAAUAUAGGUCCUUGUAAAAGCAGCACCUAUAAUGACCGUCUCGAAUCAAUUUCCGACGUGUCUAUUUCGAUUGUGGUUCAACAUAGGUAUUAUCUGUCUGCAUAACGGUUCUCAAGAGCAUGACUAGGCGCGGCCAUUGUUGAUUGUGUAAAUUAAUAUCAAUACCUAAUACCAGGAAUAAGGUAUAUGACGAUGUGUUCAUUAAGUACAGUAAUAUUUUAUUAUUAAACUGUAUGAUCAGCUCAGUGUUUAAGUCUAAAGAAAAUUUUACUAGAAAAUAUCCACGUGGUCCAAAGUCGCGGAAGCAAGACGGGACUCGAACCCGCGCCCUCCGCUAUCGGGGCGGAUACACUGACCGAGGUUCGACGUCUACAUCCUGGACUGCGGCGAAUUUUUUCUAGUAAAAUUUUGAAAUAAUUUAAAUAAAGUAAUUUGUUUAAAUAAAUAAAAAUAUUCAGUUCGGUUCUAUCUAAAGCUAUAGUAAAGUGCCAUGUGGUAGGUACAACUUAAACAGUAGACCCAUGAAGCUAGCAAUCCACAGAAUUUUCUUAUAUAUUUUAUACUUAGUCCGAGAUUAGAAAAUCUAAACGACCUUGUUUCGGACAUAAAACUGCAAAUCACGGUUUAAUAAAAAGCCAGUUCUAUCUGACCGUGUGUACGCGUAAAUACAACUCAACUUGUUUACGGACAUGACACAAAACGUGUCCAAAUGACAAAUGAAAGUGAAUGCGGUAAUGUCGAAACGCAUAAAAGACGCGACGAAGCGUGGAUCCUGUGGGCCGCGGGUGGCAGAUGUGCUGAAUGGCUCCGGCGCAAAUCUCGACGGCUCAGUCAGUGCUGAUGCGGUCGACUCCUGCGCAGCGCAGCGCCCGCCGCGGACGCAGACCCGGCUAAUAAGAAAGUGUGCACUGCUGCCGACGACCGCGGCCAGUGCAACGGCCUUAUGGACGAAUAUCAGGUGGAAGAUCUCGAUAGGCAUGACACGAUUUUAGCCGUUUUUUAUAAGGGCACAUAUUUCUAUUCCGUUACUUCAUUAUGUAUUAAGUAGAUAUCUUUUGUUAUAGUUAAAGUGACAAUUACCCUAAAAUAUUAUUGAACGUUUAUAAUUGCUUCAUAAGAUCGAUCGUACAUACAUGCAUAAUUAAAUAAGCGUUGGACAAUUGAUUAAAUAAGAUGUGCAUCAAGAAAGUAUUCUCUCAAUCUCGAAAUCAUUGAUGGUUGUUACCACCGCAGGUAUCUAUUAGACGCUCUGAUAACAACAUUGAUUAUUCCAUUGCUCCAAUAAUUGGUCUCUGUAAUUAAGCCGUUAGAACUGAACCGCCGAUGCAGCCAGAUGAAAAUGCGAUAGACGCACCACGCCACCCAUCAAUCGGUGAGCGCAGAGCGCCCAGACUUUCGCGGGAAUUAAUUUAUUCGUCGCAGUCUUAUUAAAAUAUGUAAACGCAAGUGGCGUGAAACAAUUUUCUUUUUUGCGUCGACGCCGCGGCCGUUUCGAGCAGCCGCCGCGAGCCGGCGAGGCAGUUAGUCUGUGGACAGUGCAAGAUAGUUGCGGUCGUCUCGCGUCCAAUAAGUAGUUGGUUGCAUCUCAGUGGUUCGCGAAAUCCAAGUGGGAGCUGCUGGCAACCUGGCUUCGGCAGGUUAUGGAAUCAGCUGUUAACUGACCGCCACCGCCGCGACUAAAAUGCAUAUUCUGGAGAUUGGAGCCGAACAAGAAGACGAGGCUGGAAGCGCGCGCGCAGCCGACGCGGCGUUCCGCACUGUACCACGAGAUCACACCACUUUCCUUGUAUGGAGAGUCACCGAAUCAGGAACGGAGCUGCUACCAAGAAAUCACUAUGGCACCUUUUACGACGCAGAAGCAUAUUUAAUAUAUUCCUCCUCAUUGUCUGGCCAACCAGCUGGACCUGAUGUCAUACGUCGAGAAAUAAAAGAGAAUGGCAAUGGUGAAUUUGCCGAGCGGCAUAUCCAUUCGUGGGCAGGCGAGCGUAGUGGCACACUGGCUGCGCUGGCGUUGCGGCGCGGCAUACAGCUCGCCGCGCACCUCGGCGCGCCCGCCGUCAUACACCGCGAGACGGCCACCAAGGAGACUCCCAGGCUUCUCUCAUACUUCAGAGAUGGGAUCAGAAUCCUACGUAGCGGCUCCAUAGCAGCGGCCGGAGCACGGCUAUACCGUGUGCGCGGUCGACGGCCAGUUCUGGUGCAGCUAGAACCAGUGUCUUGGGCACAGCUGGCAGCGGACGGAGUAUUCGUGCUCGACGCCGCGCCACUACUCGUGUUGUGGCUAGGCCGGGCUGCCAACCUCGUCGAGAAAAUACUCGGAGCAAAGAUCGCGUACCGCAUGGCACGGGGCGCUGAGAAAGGAAUUACGGCCCGCCGUAUCGCCAUCGCACACGACGGGUACGAGCAGACCCUGCCGGCGUCAGACCGCGCCGUGCUGGAUACAUACUUGGAGCUGCGGUCCCGCGCAAUCCGCCCCAGUACGCCCGCCGCGCCUUCCACCCGUCCUGCCCGGAUGUACCGCGUCACCACACCGCCGCGGACUACGCCACUUACCCUGCCUUCACAACGCCCGCCAGCCAGACUCGAGGAAACAAAGAGAGCUCCGCUGCGCAGGGAGGAUAUGGCUGAUGACGGUGUUUACAUACUGGACAGCGGAGGACGUGGAGUUUGGGCAUGGGUGGGCCCCACUGCAGGCGGAUCGGCAGCUCGCAAUGCGCUGGCAGCAGCACGGGGUCUGGCGCGAGCGCGACGAUACUCCGGCCCCGUGGCACUAGUACCUGCGGGUCGCGAGCCACUGGAAUUCGCCGCAUUAUUCCGCGACUGGCGCUGGGCGGACACACGGAGAGAUUCGCGACUACGCGCUGCACGCUCCGCCACCACCAAGCUUGAUGCCGUCAGCUUAGCUGCGAACUCUUGGCUUGCAGCUGAGGCGCAACUCCCUGAUGACGGUUCGGGUGCCUUGCGAAUGUGGCGUGUCCACCGCAGCGACGAGUCGGAAGUGGCGCUGAUGGAGGUGGAACGACCACAGGCGGCCGUGUUCUACUCGCGCGACUGCUACCUGGCGUUGUACACUUACCACGCGCCUACCGGCGAGCACUCCAUACUGUACUACUGGAUGGGUGGCUCUUCGCCAAAUGAUUUGAGGAAUUUGGGCGCUAUAGAAGCCAAAGACCUCCACAUAAAACUAGGGCGUCUUCCCAUUCAGGCUUGGAUACACCAAGGCAAAGAACCAGCUCACUUCCUUCAAAUAUUUAAAGGUCGUAUGAUUACAUACUUGGGCAGCGCUACAGACUACGAUCCGAGCGGACGUCGAGUAGUAGCGCCGGCGCGUGCGCUGAUCCGCGUGUCGGGGCAGUACGCGCGCGAGGCCCGCGGGGUGGAGGUGCGGGGCGGGGACGGGUCCGAGGGCGAGGCCGGGGGUGAGGGAGGGGCGGGCAGCUGCUACGUGGUGCGGGACGGGGGGAGGGUGUGGGUGUGGUGCGCCGCCAGCGCCACCGGCGACGAGCGCGAGGUGGCCAAGAACAUGGCCGCCGCUGACCACGCGCUCGUCAUGCAGGGUAAAGAGUCGGCGGAGUUUUGGUCUAUGCUGGGCGCGCGGCGACGCGUGCUGCAGGCGGCUGCACCGCGUGGCGUGGAGCGCCCCCUGCCCCCGCGACUGUUCUACGUGUCGCUCGCCGUGCCCGCACAGUACUCAUUCGAGGAGAUAAUCUCGUUCAGCCAGUACGAGCUGGCGCCGGAAAUGGCAGCGGUGCUGGACGCUCACUGCGCUGUCUACGUGUGGCUUGGAGCGCACUGCUCCACGCGCGCUCGUGAUGACGCUAUUUCGCUCGCAAGAGCAUACCUUGCUCAAGAUCCUGCAGCGAGGGAUCCCGAGACGCCCAUCCUCAUUCUAUCACAAGGUCGAGAGCCACCAAACUUCACUGGUUUCUUCCCGCACUGGAAACAAACUAUGUGGAAGGGGCACAAAACCUUCAGUGCCAUCGUCAGCGCUCUAGAAGGGAAAGCGAUAGUGCAGUGCGGAAACAGCGCAGUACAGAGCGGCAACAGCGCGAACAGAUUCGACCAGUAUGAGAAAUACCCGCUUGCUGUGUUAAGGGGGCCGAGAGAGCACCUGCCUUCAGACGUUGAUCCACUUAAUAAAGAGCUGUAUUUAACUCAUGAUGAUUUCGUCGCUACGUUUGGUGCAUCGUACAAUGAAUUCCGUACGCUACCGGCUUGGAAACAGAAGGACAUGAAGAAGGCAGCUGGUCUGUUUUGAGCAAAAAUGUAAAAUAAAAGUAAGCGGCAAAUAAUUUGAACAUAAAAGUUCAACCUUUGCGCGUUACAUUCUUUUCUACGUAAAAAUGUUACUGAGCAAGUCAUGUGGUUAUUCAAUUAUGAUCGAGUAAUUUUCCAGUAUUUGUUUGUGUAAUAUUAACAGAUAGAGCGUUAGUAAAAAUAGUAUUACCUAAAAUGUAUCAAUACGUAUUAAGAAUCUCGCGCACUUAGUGUACAGGGACUCGAAGGACCAACAAAGCGAUAUAGCCUCCUAAAUGUGGUUUUAUAUACCGCGAUGACGUCAUAUACCAUUGCAAUGAAGUGAAAUGGAUGACUACAAAGUGCGCGAGAUUCUUCACUUAAUUAAGGAUUCAUGCAUCAACAAUGAACAUAAUUAUUAUAUUAUAAAGAAAUGCUUAAAGUUGUAUUAUAAUAAUAUCAUCUAUCAGUUUCGGCAUAUUAAUAUAAAGGUACAUGAUUUACAAUAUUAAUAAAAAUAUCAGUAUUUAUUAAAAUAUGAAACACCAUAUCAUAGUGGUAAUUGGAGUACGUGGCGAUUGAUACUUUUAAAAGUCGAAGAUUUAUUUAUAUGAGGCAGCAUUCUCAUUGUUAAAAAGUCUUUAAGUUCCAAGAUAUAUUUUAGGACCAUAGUUGGCUAAAUAUUAUGAAUAUAAUAUUUAAAUGAAAAUAUAUAAAAAAAUUAAAUGUUAAUUAUCCUUAAACCUAAAUUUUAUUAUAUAAGCUAACGAAUUCUUGAAUUGUAUUAUGUAAAUUAUUACUAAUAUUGUUAUAAAUUUGGUUGAAAUUUCUUAUAUAUAUACUUUGAACCGUACUAGUACGAAGUCUUUCCACAAUGCAAUUUGUAAUUGCUGAAGAGAGACAAAGCUAUGCGAAGUGUAAACGACAUCCUGCUGACAUUAGCGCGUUGCAUCACGUUAUUAGCUGUCGGUACGGCCACUAUUAUACAUUUUAUGAGCAAGUUAUUUCUAUUCAUUUGAAUAUUUUAAUAUAAUAAAAUUUAAUCACACUGAAAUAUGCGUGGUUUUUUGCACUGUGUUAAAAAGAUAUAAAAACAAUGAGAAAGGUCAAAAUGUUAUUUAUUUUUAAUUAAUUUUAAGUGAAAUGAUAAAAUAAAACAUUGAGAUAUUGUUUUAAAUGUUAUUUAUUUUUCACAAAUUUAGCACUUAUACAUUAGGCAUUAAUUUUAUGAUAAAAUUAAUAAUCUUUACAAUAUACAAAUUCCUUAAAAAAUCCAUAAAAUAUUAGUUAUUUCGAAACAUAUGUACAUUAUAAUAACUAUUGAUACAUAUCAUAUAUGCCUAGGUGAUAUGGGAGUGGGCCGUAGUUAAGGCACAUGGUAUUAAUAUAACGUAUUGCAUGACACACAAUAAUCACGCACAGAACUAACAUCAAAGAUUCCAACCCAAACCAUGUACGAAAAAAAAUAGAUUCAAUGAUAAUAGCUAAUAGAGUACACGCCCUAUAGAAUAUAUAGUCGUUAAUUUCAAAUGAAUGAAACGAAUUUUAUUGAGAAAUUUCGUCUUUGCUAAUGAAAAGCUAGCUAGUUAGGAACUUACAAUUUUAGCGUGAUAAAUAAAAACGAUCAUAAUAAAAGAUGAAUUUUAAUAAUAAAUAAAUUUACAUAAUCAUGAUUUUACAUUGUCCAAUAUUUAUAUUAUAAGACAAUUUGGGAGUAUUUCUGUGGGCGUCUGUAUGAGAGCGCCGUUAUAAAAAUACUCCGCGAAAAUGUCGUAUUGUAAAAUCAGCUUUAUAAUCAUUAUGCAUAGUAUAUAACAACAUUAUUACAUUGAAUAUUAUUAAUGAAAAAUAAAUGACAUUGUGUACUAUAAUAAAUCGAAGUAAACUGCGGAUAUUUUGUUAAGUUUGAUGUUCUUUUUUUUCUUUGGCAAACAACCAUUUUUGAACAAUAUAAUAAAAAGUCAUAAUAUGAUACAAUAUGGAAUGAAAUAACACGAACAAUGCAAUAGCUGCCCUAAUAAAAUAUAAUUUAAAAAAUGCAUCUCAAAAAAUAAGCAUAAAGCUACGAUGAAUCGCAAACACUUAAGUACGUACAUUUGAUAUUCUUUUGUCAGUACACGAACAGAAAUAAGAGAUUGGCCGGUGCUUAAAUCUAAAAAGGAAAUAAUUCAAGCGACAACUGCACAAGCUGAACCAGAGUCAACAUAAAACUAACGUAAACAAAAUCAACAUAGCUUUUAUUGUAGGAAUGUAAAGUGUCGUGGAGCAAUUAUAAACAGCGUAUGUAUAUGAUAUAACAAGAACCACUAAUAACAAAUCCUCGGAGGCCGGCUUCCCUCUAGCACCACGGGUGUAGAAACACGUCUAUUAUCACAGCUAACCUCAUCCCGCACUCCCUCAUAUGAACGGUCGCGUACCUCACGCCCACAAACUCAAUACUACCAGCGAUCCUUACCCGCCAAGCAUUUAACCUUUUUACUGACAACUAAACGCCAUUGAUAAUACAAAAAUAGAUAUUCGAAUUCACCAAGUGUCAGAACUGCAAUUCUUUAGAUUAUGUCUUCGUUUGAGCUACGAGUGCUCCUUCUAUUCCUUUUAUUAUUACUAUAUGCCUCUUUCCAGCAACGUCAACGAAUAAAAAUAAUUAACAGCCAAGUAAAAUAAUUUAUAAGCGGCAUACAAUCAUUGAAAAAAUAGUGGUAAUUUUAUUUAACCUAUAAUCGAAUAAUAGGCAUCAAAAGUGGGAUGUUGUGAAACGGUACUAGCUUACAACACAUUUUUUGUACUUUAAAAUCACAACUAAAACGUCUUAUUGUACAUUACUAGAGGCUAGAGUGUAUAGGCACUUUCUGGGUAAGCAUAAUAACGUUAGGCCGUAUCUUGCUUACCUUCAAGCAACAAAACGUGCUAGUGAAAAUUGGUAUUUUCAAUAUCACAUGUUCAGUAUACAUUUAACAAUAACGAGACAAUCGACAUAAUUACAAGUUAAGCUCUCCUAAAAUGGUGACCAAUUUCCACAACCGUGAAGCUUAAAUGUCAAAUGGCAAUCAUAUAUGAUAUUUAAGUAUUAAAAUCAUAAGGUAUUUUAUUGAUUACAAAUCAAUUUGAGUUUAAAUCAACAAAAGCAGAUUUGGCACCAUAACAUUAAACGGGGUUUCUACUACAAUAACUUUAUCACACAAGCUACCAGAGAGCACAAAACCUUUGUUUAUUUAUUGCUUUUCAUAUUUAUCACAUGCUUCGUGGCGAGUAUCCUCGUCUUUUAAUAGGCUAUUUGACAGUAUGAAAAAUAAAGUACCAAUUGUUGGCAUUUGUAUUUUAUAUGAAUAUUAGCAACGAUUUUUCUAUUCUGGGGGAACAAAGUAUUAAUAAAUUUACUAAAAAAAUCAUUAAAUAGGAACGUUUUUUUUUUGUUCUAUGGUCACUGUUCUAUGGAACGAAAACGCCUCAGAUUGGCGAAGCCUAAAAUGACGUCACAUGC